AUGACAAAGGUCUAUGAAACUAUUGAUAGACUUUCAAGGCUCUCCAGUACUUUACAAGAGUAUGAGGAUCUUUACAUUAUGCUUCGAAACUUAUCACGUGGUGAACUUGAGGAAGCCGUGUCUAGACACAAUCUUCUGGAUAUCUUUGGUCAUAUUGAUCUAAGUGUAAGCCAUCCUGAAGGAGUUAAAAUGCUUUUGAAGGAUGCCUCUUUGAUGAAUCAUUUUAACUCUCUCACUGGUGAUGAAGAGAUUAUUCGGUUGUCAGAGAUUUUCGCGUACAUUGCUUCUCAACGAAAAGAAUCCUUCAAAGAGAUGAUAAAUUGUCCGAUAUUUGACCGACUAAUUUCUGUCCUCAGCAAAAGCGACCCCUUAUUACAGCUUAACACUUUGGCUGUCCUGAAGUUGUUGCUCGUUUUCCCUGACGGCCGAACGUUCCUACAAACAAGCGGGGCUGUUGCACACUUGUUUACCGAUCUUCAAACCUUGAAGGAGAAUCCGUUACAUGACAUUCUCUUACCUGGAUACCUCAGCUUCUUUGCAACGUUGGCCGAGGAGGAGCCAACCGAUUUUCUCGCAAAUCCAAUUUACAGGCAACCCCUCAUUCAUUGUCUUGCAGGCUACCUCACCACCUCUGACCCAAUUAUUACAGUAGCAGCCAUAGAAACAAUUGCACAAAUUUGCAGAACCAUGGAUGGCAAGGGAGCCCUUGCUGUUUACUUAGGCAAGAAUCCAGAGUCUCUAUUAAUCAAGCCAAAACCGGGUGCGUGCCUUGCUCCGCUGUUUUCGAAGGCAGCUUCCAUAAUGCUAAAUGCAUCAGCAGGCACUCUGCCUAGAAUCCUCCUCGCCAUGGCAGACGUUCUUAGUCUGCCUGACGCGGAUGACAUUUCCGCGCAGCUACCAAUGUCUGAAUUAACUCAUGAGUGGUUCAACUUCACCAGCGCUCCGUCACCGCCGACCCGUCUUCUUGGGCGCAUUUGGGAACUAGCUCGACAGCCUUUCAAAGAAGUCCGCUCAGCUGCUCUGAACCUCUUACGUGCUUUAGCGACCGAGCCUUGGGGACUUACGUUGUUUGUGCAAAUGCCUGGCUUUCUGGAGUACCUCCUCAAUCCUACUACGGAGGUAGGUACAGCUGUGGACGGCUCUAGUUUACAGCCGGAAAAGUUUGGAAUAGUCUACCAGUGUGACCUGACUCAGGAACAUUGGAAAGGUCACACCACGCGAUGGAGUCUACUGGACGAUGAGACUGCUGCAAGGCUAAAAAGACGCAUCAAGGACGGGGUGUGGGGGCAGACACGAGCCCAAGCCGCGGUGGCCAUGGAGAACGAAUAG